CAAAGACUAUUAGUUCAUUUCCAGUUUGGAAUUCAGUAGUCUGAUGGAAGAAGAGGAAGAAAGGCGUGUGUGGAUGUGUUCUGCGUGUGAAAGCUGACAGUGUUUUCAAUCCAUGGUCGGUGGUGUACGAAAUUAUUCAUGUGAUGGUUACUGCUGUGACUGGGUGGAUACAAAAUUGUUGCAGUGCUAUGACGUAAGAUAGUGCGAGUGGUUCGUCUAACAAUGCUGGUGCCUGGCAUGACUUUGGUGGCCGUGAUCAUCGUGGUUCACUUGGUUUUGACAGCGUUCGGCUCGCCGCUGAUGCCUCCUGUGGGACAAGGGUUGGUGUUGAACGAGUUCAUCAGACAUUUCGAACCUGCAGUGUACGACCGUGACGCUCUUAUGGCGCAACACAAGCGUCUCCGUCGUGACGUCACGUCCGCCUCACAGCCCCUCAGCCUCCAUAUCAAAACCAACAGCAGGGUUUUCAAACUUCUGCUGAGGCCAGAUCACACCCUCUUUAGUCCCGACGUGGUAUUCGAGAGUUCCUCGGGGCGUCAACUGCACUUUGAUCCUGGCAAGGUGUAUAUGGGUGCACUGGAGGACGACGAACUGGCAGAGGUGCGAGGUCUAGUGACAGAAGACGGUCUGUUCGAUGGGACUGUCUCGACCCGUCUUGAAGAUUUCUACAUCGAGCCGGUGAGUCGCUAUGUGAAUCAAAACACUAGCGCGCCACAUUUCCAUAGCAUCGUGUAUCGCUCUUCUGAUGUCUACAGUCCACAGCUCGCUCAACCCUGCGCCUCGCAGCUCCUCCACCUGAGUAACAACGCACCGCGUGAAAUAGCCGAAGAUCUCACGGCGUCAGCUCACUUAAAGGGAACAGAUCUUCAGAAGGACGGUACUGAACGUAGUAACGACAACUGGAUCAGCUACGUUGAUAAAGUGGACGGAAGGUCUAAUAUAUUCACUGAUGGUGAUAGAACUCGUGGGUCGGGAUUGGAUCCCGUUAGUCGCUCUCAUAGGAAAAGUGGGUCGGGAUUGGAUCCCGUUAGUCGCUCUCAUAGGAAAAAUAGGUCGAGAAGAUGGUCCAGCGAUGAAGUGACGCAACCUACAGACUCCAGCUACCACAUCGCGGCUCCUCGCGAAUCCAGUCGCCUGGAUACCUAUUACUACAAUCCAAGCGUGUUCUAUGAUUUGCCGAACGGCAGUAUGUCUUCUACUGGUACUCCAGACGAAGUGUCUAGUGUACGGCAUGUCCACAAGCGGGCCACCAUCGACCCUAAAAAGACGACAUGCAUGCUGUAUCUGCAAGCGGAUCACCUGUUCUACCAGAAGUACGGGACAGAGGAAGCCUGCAUAGAAGUUAUGACGAGGCAUGUCCAGCGGGUCAACUCCAUUUACAAGGCGACAGACUUCAACCAGGAUGGGAAAGCCGACAACAUCAGCUUCAUGGUGAAACGCAUCAAGGUGCACUCCAUGGACGCACUCAAAGACAGUAGCUACCGGUUUCCGCUCAACUACGGUGUUGAGAAGUUCCUGGAACUCUUCUCAGAGGAGGAUUAUGAUCAGUUCUGUUUAGCUUACAUGUUCACAUACCGGGACUUUGAGAUGGGAACGUUGGGCCUGGCUUGGACAGGAGACCUCAAGAAUGCUGGAGGUGUAUGUGAAAAGAAUGGGCAUUAUCGAGGCAGCAUGAAAAGUCUCAAUACUGGCAUUGUGACACUGCUCAACUACGGAAAGCAUGUUCCCCCUGCUGUCUCGCAUGUCACACUUGCCCAUGAGAUUGGUCACAAUUUUGGCUCACCACAUGACCCUGAAUUAUGUACUCCUGGUGGUGAAGAUGGCAACUUCAUCAUGUUUGCACGAGCAACAUCGGGGGACAAGAAGAACAACAACAAGUUCUCCCCAUGCAGUCUCAACAGUAUUAGCCCUGUUUUGAAUGCAAAGGCCCGCAGCCCCAAGGGUUGCUUCACAGAACCACAGGCUGCCAUCUGUGGGAAUGGAGUGGUGGAGGUUGGAGAGGAGUGUGAUUGUGGCUGGGAGGAGGAUUGUCGGGACAACUGCUGUUUCCCACAGCGCAGGUACCCACCUCUUGAAGAACCUCCUUGCAGGCUCACUCCACACAGCAUAUGCAGCCCCUCUCAGGGUCCGUGCUGUACAUCGACAUGUGAGCUCAAGUUUGGAGACAAGUGCCGUGAUGACAAUGGAUGCCGAGAUUCAAGCUUUUGUGAUGGACGUGGACCACAAUGCCCACCCUCUAUCAAUAAACCUAACAAGACAAUCUGCAAUGAAGAACUUGUCUGUUUCAUGGGGGAGUGCACAGGCUCCAUCUGUCUUGCAUUUGGACUCGAAUCCUGUCAGUGUAUUCCUGGACCACAUGACUCCAAGAUUAAGGCCUGUGAACUGUGCUGUAAACUGCCUGGAGAUGACCAGCCCUGUCUGUCCUCUUUUGAUUGGAACACGGCCCCGUAUGACAUGCCAGACCUGUUCUCUAAGCCAGGAACACCAUGUAAUGACUACAAUGGAUAUUGUGAUGUCUUUCAGAAAUGUAGAGAGGUAGAUCCAUCAGGCCCCCUUGCCACAUUACGCAAGCUGCUGCUUUCAGAUGAAAGCAUUGCAACAUUCAAGCGGUGGGUCACUGAUCACUGGUACGCUGUUGUACUCAUUGCGUUCACAGCCUUGUUCAUUCUGGUUGUCAGCACAAAAUUCCUUGGAAAGCGUCCAAACCUGAAGCUCAAGUCUGUCACCAUCAUCCACAGUUCAACAACAGAGACUGUGCGUCUGCCACCAGAAGGGGAUAGUGGCCAAGUUACCAUCCACCCAGCAGCUGUCCGAUCUAAGCUACCUCUGAAACGUAAAGUGCGUGAGAAACAUCAUUUACAUCGACACAGAAAGAAGAUCAAAGACAAAGCCAACAACAGUAAAAGCAAUAACAAUAAUAACAAUAAUAAUAACAACAACAACAACAAUAGUAAUACUUCUACUCCAAAAAAGGUACUAAAGAAAAAUAAAAAAAAGAAGAAAGCAGCAACUCCAGUCAUUGGGGAUGAAGUGGCAGCAGUGAAACAAAGUGUAGAAGUGACGGAGGAAGUUGCUCGCCAAAUAAAAUCAAAGAAAGUGCAGCAACAAACAAAAGGAAAGAAGAAGAAAAAGAAAGAAGUGAUAGACUAUAGUGCAGUGCAGAGUGAUAAAGACAAGUUAGGGAUGGUGUUAGGUUUGUCAAAUAAGGGUCCUCUCCCUGACAGUGACCCUGUUGGAAAGGUCAAGAACUGGCUUCUGAACUCCCAGCCUCCUGUUGACUCUGCAUUACUUCCUAAAUCCAAAUCGACUCCCAUUGGCCUGACAGGAGCUCCUGGAAGUCCAGUAAAGACUCGAGCCCCCGCUGUGACACAUCACAGCAGAAGUGAAAAGCAUAAGUCACAAAGCACUGGCAACCUCCAGGGUGCUAAUAAAAAUGGUGGUGAAAAGGAGAAAUUGAGACUGCAGGUUGUAUACAAACCACCAUUCAAGUUUAGUCUCAAGUUGCACAAGACUGAGAAAGGUUCAGGAGCAUCAGCAAGUGUUGUUAUUGUGGACAAGAGCCGCCAGAGAUCUACUCCAGGUGACCGUAAGCGAGGAGGCGUUGGUAGAUCUCGGGCUGCCAUGCUUCUGAGGUCAAGAGACCAUAAGAGGAUAGCAAGUAAUCGGAAAUCUCGAGCUAAGGAGUCACUGACUGCAGUAGAAGCACCAGUUUCUCCAACAGUGACUCCAACACCCAUGCUACAACUGCCUCUACCACCAACUGGAAACCAAAACAGUGAACAUGAGGCAGACAUAGACUCAAAUAUCCACACUGUUCCAUCAGACCUUGAGGUGCUGCUCUCGGAGAGCGAGUUCCUCUUCUCGGAUGCGUGACAAUGGACGUUCGUUCUUCCAUUCCAUUUCCUUCCAGAACAUGACAUGUUCAUGACUCUGAGUUUCACUUUUUUACUGAAGAACUUAAUAUGAUUCUUGACACAUACCUACAUUUGAGAUUAUUUUGUAAUGUGCCAAAUGGUUGCAAGUUACGAAACCAAAGUCAGAUAUAUAGUGUGAUAAGAAAAGAUGGUUUUCAAUUAGCAUUUUCUCCCUUUAAAAGUGAAUCUGAGUUGAAUUCGAAAGUCAGUCCACUUUUGUGGGAGACUUCUGAAACAUCUCAACUUUGCCUUCUGUCUUGAAACUUGGGUUCAGUUUUACACGUAAAAGGCAUUUUAUAUUUAACAGAGAGAUUUAGUAAAGACAGUGAACAAACCUGAAGGCUAGCUUGGAAGAUUAUCAGUGAUGAGGACAUGACAUUCCAUUGUAUUGUGUUAAACUAUUAAUGCUUUUGCAUUACCACAGUAUAAAUUAGUCCUGACUGAGUGGGCCAUGGUGACAGCCUCCCUGAACCAUGUGGGAUUAUACUGCUGCAAUCACAUUUUAUAAGAAUUUUCACACAUUGACCAUGGUGUUACCCAUGUGAACCUGUUUGUACCAAAAUGUUACUGACCCCUUACCUGUAUCUUUUAUUCUGGUUUAUUGAACAGCUCAGUUUUUACAGCUAUGAAUGACAGAAUGACCGAUGAAUAAUGAACUGGAUAGGAUGUGGAAGGAAAAAGUCAUGGCCAAAUUGAAGUCCUAUCUGGAAUUUGCCUGAAAAGACCAAGGAAAACAACUGGAAACUUAGAAUAGCCAGUUUCUGAACUGAGAUUUGACCUCUUUAGUAUGAAGCAGAAGUGCUUUUGUUAGACUGCAAUGUUCCUUACUGAUGUAAAGAGUCAUACAGAUAAUGAAAUUACAAGAACAGGUCAAAUGAAAAUUGGCUAACCUUUGCUACAUCGGUGGUACAGAACUUCUUCAGAUCUGUGUUUAGGCAGCCCCUAAUGCUGUCAUGCAGCACCAGCAUUGUGCUAGCACUUAGAAUUGCUCUAUUGCAGUAUUAGCUGUAUAGUACAAGCACUGUAAAUGCUUUCUAGUAACAGCACUCACCACAAGUUAAACGCUCAGCUAGUGCAGUCACAUUUUUAAACUGACCUCACUAAACUUAUAGUAACACUGAAUUAGCAUAUUUACUCUUACAUGAAGGACUUCUCUGCUAUAUAAAAAUAUCAUUAGCCAUUCCAUAUGGACAUGUUUCAUUUUACAAUAUUUACUAAAAAAACUAAACUUUUAAUUCUUGAAGUCUACUGGACUGACUGUAUAUACCAUAUAAGAGAAGCAGUCUCACAGGUGGUCAAGUCAUUAGCUUUAGUGUGCAAGCCUUCAGUAACUGCUAUUAAAACAAAACAUUAAUGCAUUCAAAUAAGGAGUCAAUUUCGAUUAUUGUCUAUAAGGUCUGAGGUUUCCACAGUGAUGAAGAUUCAUGUAGUAAUCUGAGUUAUGAAACCUAACAGACUACAUGGUAUUAAAAUAUAUUUUGGAAGAA